CGCUUUUAUGCAGUCUGAGGGAACACCCAUGGUACUACUUAUUCUCGACCCAAAUUCUUUUGAUGGAAUGAGGCGCCUUCCCGACGGAUGCCCUCUAUUAUCGACUUCCGGAGGGUCACCUGGGGCACCACCUAGUAGCCGCCCACUGUGCCGCCCAAUAACAUGACGCCAAAAAUCACAAGUUGACCUGUCCAGUGUCGAUCCUCCGUAUCGCGUCCCACGCAGAACACAUAGCUGACGAGUCUGCAGACCUCGUUUGGUCAUGCGCCAUAUUAAUUAUGAACGCUCUUCAAGUACAAGAGACUCAAUUCUUGCGGCUGGGCACGCAUCCUUCCUUCCGCCAUGUCAACUGGUGAGGAAGAAAAGGCCAACAAGAGUACUUCGUCUGUUGAACAAGCCGAAAUCUUCGAGCGUCCCAAGGGAUGGAGAGGUAUCUACCACCACCCAGUGACACAGGUCUGCCUAGUGGGCUUGGUCUGUUUUAUGUGCCCGGGCAUAUUCAACUCCCUUAGUGGUCUUGGUGCCGGUGGUCAAGUCGAUGCGACUACCAGCGCAAACGCGACUGCUACUCACUAUGCUACCCUUGCCUUCUUUGCAUUUUUUUCUGGCUCGGUACAUAACGUGCUUGGAUCUAGACUCUGCCUGUUUCUCGGAACGUGUGGAUAUCCUCUGUACAUCGCGUCCUACAUUGCAACGAAUAUCCACCCUGGUGCAGGUGACUUCGUCGUUGUUACCGGAGCUAUCUCAGGUAUCUGUGCGGCCUUGAUAUGGACGGCGCAAGGAUCCUUGAUAAUGGCAUACCCCACGGAGGCUCAGAAGGGGACGUUCAUCGGUUACUUCUGGGCUAUCUUUAACCUGGGAAGUGUUGUCGGCUCUUCGGUGGCCUUCGGGUUGAAUUUUAACUCCACGGCAAACAAAGUUGGGAAUGGAACCUAUAUCGGACUCCUCAUCCUCACCCUCAUUGGUGUAGUAUUGCCCACCUUCCUUGUGGAUCCAUACAAGAUGAUCCGCACUGACGGAACCAAAGUGACGCCUAUCCGCCACCCUUCUUGGAAAACUGAGUUUUUGAGUCUUUUUGUGGCCCUGAAGACGGACCCUUGGAUUGUCCUGCUGUUCCCCAUGUUCUUCGCCAGCAACUACUUCUACGCUUGGCUAUUCAAUGAUUAUAACGGUGCCUUGUUCAACAUCCGUACCCGCAGCCUGAACAACUUUGUGUAUUGGACUUCUCAAAUCUUUGGCUCAUUCCUCAUUGGUCACUUUGUUCUGGAUUUGAAGCGGUUCCGUAGGCGGUUCCGCGCGUUCCUAUGCUGGUCGAUUGUGGUUGUCUUUGUCUUUGCUAUCUAUACCUGGGCAUACUUUUACCAAAAGACCUAUACUCGCGCCUCAGAGUCUCCUACUGCCGUCAAGAUGGAUAUGAACGACCCCGACUAUUCUGCGCAUGUAUGGCUCAUGAUUCUCUUCGGCCUCCUCGACUCUAUGUGGCAGACAACUGCCUACUGGCUGAUGGGCGCUAUGUCCAAUGACCCUGCAAAGCUUGCCGUGUUCGCUGGCUUCUACAAAUGCUUCCAGUCUUCUGGAUCGGCUAUUGCGUGGCGUCUCGAUGCUCUACGACGACCAUAUAUGAACAUUUUCGUUUCCACUUGGGUCCUUGUUGCUGCUGGCAUGAUGUGCGCCUUCCCUUUGGUCUAUGUCCGCGUAAAGGACCACACGGAGAUUGAUGACGAGGCUUUGUAAGUUCCUCUAUUUUGCCCUCGUUACUGUUACUUGAUAAUAUUUCUUCCCCAGGUUGAAUCGCCCCAAUGUGGAGAAACUUUCUGAGCUCGCUGAGAAGGAAAACGACAAGUGAUGUACAAUCGGAGCAAGAACGAUGGAUUUUGUACGCACAUAGAAAUAUGUAUUUCAUUUAGACCUUCGCGAUCGGUGAUUAUGGUUGCUGGAUGGACUCGUAAGUUCCCUGCAGAUUGAUUCUCAGAAGUAUCCAACGUGUAGCCUAGUACCUAGGUGAGCC